AUGAAAGCACCUAAUAAAUUUCUACACAAUAAUGGGGAAACAUAUGCAUCUUUAAAUGAUUUUAUUGAUGCAAUUGAAGCGCUUCCUAUAGAUUUAACAAGAAUUUUUACAUUAUUACGCGAAGUUGACGCAAAAGUUUCAAAUCUUGAACAUCUUAUAUCAUCAUCUAUUUCUAAUCUUUUAGCAAAUACAGAGUCAUUUCAAGAAAACAAAUCAAUAUGUAUUUCUAGAUUACGUUCACUUCUUAUACAGAUUAUUCCUUAUGCAGACGAAAAAAUUUCGGUUGCAUCAUCAGCUAGAGAUAUUAUAAAAAAACAUCUUAAACGUCUUGAUUCCGAUUUUUCUCUUAUAGAAAAUGAAAUGCCUCCUGCUGUUCGUUUCGGAUCGACAAAUCAUCCAGCAUUUUCUUCAAAUAUAAACAUCUCUAAAUCUGAAAAUCGGAAAGAAACAGUCUCAACUAAAAGAACAACUACAGAAGAACUUAAUAUUCCCAAUAAUUCCAAAGGAAAUCAUCGUGAAAACUCUACUCCAAUAAGAAAAAAAAGAAUAUUUCAUAUUAAUGGAGGAACAACACCUCCAAGGCCUAAUACUCCUGAUAAAGACAGGAAGAGAGGAAAUACAUGUGAAAAAUUUAAAUCAAAAGAUCAAAAUCAGCAAUCACAUUUUCAACCAAGAAGAGAACUUAUUAGAAAAAUUAACAUUUUAUUAUAUCCAAACGAACCCACAUAUUGUUAUUGCGAUCAAAUUUCAUAUGGAGAAAUGGUUGCGUGUGAUGGGAAAAAAUGUCAACGGGAAUGGUUUCAUUUACCAUGUAUUGGUCUUCCAGAACCACCUCAAGGAGAAUGGUAUUGUGAUGAAUGUGUUUUAGAAAAACAAAUUAAAGGACGACGACCACGAAGAAAAAUAGGAUAA